UCACGCUCUGUGUUUGCAAGUAGCCCGGGCAUUAUUGACAAACUAUUUUUAAUUUUGCGACGUUAAUUUGUGGUGCGUACCCACCGUAAGAUACAAACACGGGUGUUGUGGCCGACAACUAAGGGGGGGAAUAGGGGAAGCGACCGUCGUUAGGUCAAAAUGUCGAUUCAGUACGAGGUGGAACAGCUGGCUGACAGCUACGGGGUUGCGGACUCAUUCCCCAAAGAUUUCGGUUAUGGUGAAGAGGAGGCCGACAUCGAGGACAGCCCGGCACCAUCCGAUAGCAAACCAAGAAUCCUGCUUAUGGGUUUGAGAAGAAGUGGCAAAUCAUCGAUACAGAAGGUGGUGUUCCACAAGAUGUCUCCCAAUGAGACCUUGUUUCUGGAAAGCACCAACAAGAUCUACAAGGAUGACAUCUCCAGCAGCUCUUUCGUCAACUUCCAGAUCUGGGACUUUCCUGGCCAGGUGGACUUCUUUGACCCUACCUUUGACUACGAGAUGAUCUUCAGAGGAACCGGAGCUUUGAUAUUUGUCAUUGAUGCUCAGGAUGACUAUGUGGAGGCUCUGGGCAGGCUUCAUCUCACUGUGUCACGGGCCUACAGAGUCAAUCCAGAGAUCAACUUCGAGGUGUUUAUCCACAAAGUGGACGGCUUGUCAGAUGAUCACAAGAUUGAAACCCAGAGAGACAUUCAUCAGAGAGCUAAUGACGAUCUGGCAGACGCCAGCUUAGAGAAGCUGCAUCUGAGCUUUUACUUGACGAGUAUUUAUGACCACUCCAUCUUCGAGGCCUUCAGCAAAGUGGUGCAGAAGCUCAUCCCGCAGCUCCCCACCUUGGAGAACCUCCUAAAUAUCUUCAUUUCUAAUUCAGGGAUAGAGAAGGCCUUUCUGUUCGACGUGGUCAGUAAGAUCUACAUCGCCACAGACAGCUCUCCUGUAGACAUGCAGUCCUAUGAGCUGUGCUGUGAUAUGAUCGAUGUGGUGAUCGAUGUCUCCUGCAUCUAUGGUCUGAGGGAGGACGGCAGUGGCAGCGCCUAUGACAAGGAGUCCAUGGCUAUCAUCAAGCUCAACAACACCACCGUGCUGUACCUGAAAGAGGUCACCAAGUUCCUGGCCCUUGUCUGCAUCCUGCGAGAGGAAAGCUUUGAGCGCAAAGGAUUAAUAGACUACAACUUCCAUUGUUUCCGGAAGGCCAUCCAUGAAGUAUUUGAGGUGGGUGUUUCCACUCAGCGUCCAGCGGGCCCACAGGCGGUCGGCUCGCCCUGCACCAAGGCUGUCGCACUCAACGGCACACCGCGCAACACUGUCUAGACACUGAUGCAAAAGAAAAAAUAAAAAAAAAAGACGCAAAAAGAGCGUAAAAGGAAAGGACGGAUGGAGACGGGUCAGGGAGCUUGUAAAGGAGAGACUACUAAACUGGGGCUCUCACCAGCACACCAGUCACAAUCCCUUGCUCCCAGCACCUAAAGCACUGAGAGACGCCUCGAGCCAAGAGAGUGUGGGAGCAGCACUGGAGCACAGAGGGGUCAGGAUAAGAUGGAAUGGAAAUUCAGGCAUCCGUUUCAAGUUGAAUGCAAAGCACUGUGAGGGGAAAUCGGGGAAAGCUAAACUGCACCUGGACAUAAAAAAGGUUCAGAAUGUUUCUUUGGAUUCCCUGAAGCAGUCAAAGGCUGUGAUAAUUAGCUGCUGGUUCCUCUGUACGGACAACGUGAGGAGGGAAAAAAAACGACCUCUAAAUAUGGACAAACUGUGACGUCAGUUUGCAGGACCCUGUCAAGUGAUGAAGCCACCCCGACCACUUCUGUGCUGAGAAAAGACGGUGGAUGUGAACUGCUACUUCUAACCCACAUGUGUUCAGAGAUGGCCUUAUGUAGAUAAAGCUUGACUGCAGUGCAAGCUUUCUCUCACCACCACUCACCUCACCCUACCUGAAUGCUGCCCAAAACGCGCUUUUUGGUUUCACUUGUGAAGGGAAAACAAGGUUUUGCGAGCAGACUGAAAAGGGAUUGUGCUGUCCAUCUAACUUAGUCAUGUCUGCCUGUAUGUAGGUAUCUAAUGUAUGUAUGUAUGAGCGAGUGUGUGCGUCUCAGUUAAAAGGAUUUGAUUAGAUCUCAGACUUGGACUCCUCGUCUGUUCUAGUGAGGGACCUUUAUCAGAAAGAGUGUACGUAUGUCCUUUCUCUCAAAAUUAGCAGCUUAGCAUAAUUAAACUCUUUUCAAUCAGCGAAAGUAACUUUUCUGUGUGCGCCCCACUGAAAGUCAAACUUUUUUUUUUAUUGACUUUAUGAUGGGUUAUAAAAGGAGUAUGGCUGGAAAUUUUGGACAUGGUCUUUGCAAAAGCACUGCCAAAAUGAAUCCCGAAUAAAUGAAUCAGAGCCAGAAAAGAUAUGCCACGAUUAAAAUUGAAGGAAAAAAAAAAAUCUAUAAAGUGUGGUUGAGGUGCAGGAUUUUUUGGAGCGAUUUCUGAAUCCAGAUUUUUCGAAUUAUCAUAUAAACUUGCAUGCAUUUUCCAAAUAGAGUUUCAGUCCUGCCCAAAAUUAUUGACCCAUGUUUUGUAUUUAGUUUGGUUCUAAUCAGCAGAAUUCACAAAAACAGUAGCCAUUCCAAGCAUGCAUACAUCAGUGUGUUGUUAACUUGUACGCUGCGUAAUGUUUCCAAUGGCAAGAGUACAAAUGAAAGUCAAUUGGAUUUAUUAAAUAGGGAUUAAAAAAAGACCAGUUUUCAUGAUUAUUGCCAUUACAAACGACACAUACAGUGUUCAUGUCUGUAUUUUUUUUUCUGUUUCUUCAUAUCAAGGCUGAGAUGUGAAAACUCUCGCUGCAUCUAAAGACCAGAAAUCUGACUCAGGAACCAGGAUUACCGCGAGAUAACUUUCCUGAGUGAGACACAGCGGGUUCCGGCUUAGAAGGUCUCCUCGGUUUUUACUCAGCAAAGUUACUCGGGUAACUCAGUGAACCUGCUUCUUGAAACAGGCCCGAGAUCUCAUCGAGUUAGUCUCUUUGUCACCUGAAAGUAAGUCACCACUGCAUUGUUGCACAUCAGAACUGUGAUGGAUGAUUGAUUGAUUUCAUGUAUUGUGAUGCUAUACUGUGUGAAAUAAAUGAAAAUUUACAUUUUC